AUGCAGGCGGUGGGCAGCCUGGCCCGGGGCUUCUGCCUGGGACUCCUGCUUGGCUGGGUGGCGCUUGGUAAGCAGUGGGCAACACUGGGUUGUGGGGUGGGGGUGGUGCAGCUCCCUGGGGUCUCAUCCCUCCCCCCCACUUCCCCCACAGGGUCCCCAGAGGGCAACAAGGAACUCGAGAUCUUCAACCGCCUUUUUACUGGCUAUGACAAGUCCCGGUGGCCGGUCCAGAGGGUGGACGAAGUCCUCACGGUCUCCUUAAAGCUGACCCUCACCAACCUCAUCUCACUGAAUGCCAAAGAGGAGACGCUGACCACCAACGUCUGGAUCACUCAGGAAUGGCUGGACUAUCGGCUGAACUUCAGCAGCGAGGAGUACGGCCAGAGCCUGCGGGUCCCAUCUGACCUGGUGUGGCUGCCGGACAUCGUCCUGGAGAACAACAUUGAUGGAAACUUUGAGGUGGCCUAUUCCGCCAACGUCCUGAUCUACCCUGGGGGCAACAUGUACUGGCUGCCCCCUGCCAUCUUCCGCAGCUCCUGCCCCAUCGACGUCACCUUCUUCCCUUUCGACUGGCAGAACUGCUCCCUCGUCUUCCGGUCCAAAACCCACAACGCCCGGGAGUUGCAGCUGCAGUACGGCGUAGACGAUGACACCGGGGUGCCGGUGGAGGAGAUAGUCAUUGACGACAAGGCCUUCACAGAGAACGGGGAGUGGGCCAUCAAGAAGCGCCCGGCCCGCCGGGUCCUGGCCCCCGUGGCUGGGCUGGAGGCGCCGGGCUUCUCCGAGAUCCACUACAUCCUCAUCAUCCAGCGCAAGCCCCUCUUCUACGUCAUCAACAUCAUCGUGCCCUGCGUGCUGAUCUCCUCCCUGGUGGUCCUUGUCUACUUCCUGCCCGCCCAGGCCGGUGGGCAGAAGUGCACGGUCAGCAUCUCGGUCCUGCUGGCCCAGACGGUCUUCCUCUUCCUGAUCUCUCAGAAGGUGCCCGAAACGUCCCUCAGCGUCCCCCUCAUUGGCAAGUACCUGCUCUUUGUGAUGACGGUGGCCACCCUGAUCGUCACCAACUGCAUCGUGGUGCUGAAUGUCUCCCUGCGCAGCCCCAGCACCCACCGCCUCUCCCCCAGGCUCAAGCACCUCUUCCUCAAGUUCCUCCCGCACUACCUGGGCUCCAACAUCGGCCCCGCAGACGAGGACGAGUCCCUGGGCGCCCCCUGCCCUCGGCGCUCCUUCUCCACCUUGGUCAAGGCCGAGGAGUACAUCCUGAAGAAGGCCCGGAGCGAGGUCCUCUUUGAGCACCAGGGCCAGCGCCACGGGCUGCAGAGGGCGCCCCAUUACGAUGGGCUGGACGUGGAGAUGACGACCAUGCUGUACAAGAGCCUCUCCAGCCUGGCCCCCGAGAUCCAGGAGUGUGUGGACGCCUGCAACUUCAUCAGCAAGAGCACCAAGGAGCAGAACAGGGACGGGGCGGAGAUCGAGAACUGGAUGCUGAUCGGGCAGAUGAUUGACAAGCUCUGCUUCUGGCUGGCCCUCCUGCUCUUCACCAUCGGCACCCUGGCCAUCUUCUUCAUGGGGCACCUCAACUCGGCGCCCGAGGACCCCUUCCCGGCCCAGUAGAGGGGGGGGGCUUCUCUGCAGCCUCCAGGCAGCCAUGAAAGCAGCACAAACAGCCGCCCUCUCCGUUGGUGUGGGGGACUGCGCCACCCCCACCCCCAGUGCCCCCAGGGGGUCAGCAGCAGCCCCCCCCCGGCUCAGCGAUGAAGGGCUCUGUGCCGCCCCAAAGCUUUUGCCCAGGUGCCUGGACACCCGCCGGCUUCUUCUGAAUAAAAGCUUUGAGCCCUUCUCUCUCUCUCUCCCCUCCUCCUCUGCACCUCUUGGCUCUCUCUCUGCACUGGCUCCGGCCAAA